AUGCUCAGGCGCCAUGUUGAAGAUGUUGAAGGCUCACUACCCCCAAAGGACUCCAUAGUUUUACGAUGUAAAAUGUCAUCUGUCCAGAGUGCUAUUUACGACUGGGUCAAAUCAACUGGUACUCUUCGUCUUGAUCCCGAGGAUGAGGAACGCAAGCUUCAGAGGAAUCCGAACUACCCGUGGCGAAGACUCGUGUACAGAAGAAUUGAUGGGACAACUAGUUUGGAAGACCGUGAAUCAUCUAUAAAUGACUUCAAUGGCCCUGAUUCAGACUGUUUCAUCUUCUUGCUUAGCAUUCGAGCCGCUGGGAAAGGCCUUAACCUUCAGUCUGCUGACACAGUUGUUAUUUGUGAUCCUGAUCCAAAUCCUAAAAACGAGGAGCAGGCUGUUGCCAGAGCUCAUCGUAUUGGACAGAAAAGACCGGUCAAGGUUAUCUACAUGGAAGCAGUUGUUGACAAAAUCCCUAGUCCUCAGAAGGAAGAUGAAAUGAGAGGUGGAGGCACUGCUGAUUCAGAGGAUGAACUUGUAGGCAAGGAUCGCUACAUAGGAUCUAUUGAGGGCCUCAUAAGAAAUAAUAUUCAGCAAUAUAAGAUAGAUAUGGCGGAUGAGGUAAUUAAUGUUGGGCGUUUCGAUCAAAGAACAACACAUGAAGAAAGGCGUUUGACUUUGGUGACAUUAUUACAUGAUAAAGAGAGGUAUCAAGAAACUAUCCAUGAUGUGCCGUCACUGCAGGAGGUAAAUCGCAUGAUUACGGCGCGAGGAAGAAGGGAGAAGCGUUUCAAAAGAUGA